AUGAUGUACUCGAGGACUACAAAAGAAAUGGAGACAGCUUCUUCAAGACACCAAAAAGAAGCUCCUAAGAAGAGAGGUAGACCACCAGGUACAAAAACCAAGACAGUAGAGUCCACCAACCAGAAAGUUGAACGGUCAACUCCCAGCAAAUUUGCACCAAGACGUCUGAAAACAUCUAGCCCAGCAGUGAAUCCGCCAAUGGGACCUCCAGGAGAUACAAUAGCAUCACGACUAGUUGCUAAUCGCAGGCUUCGGUCAGCGAAGGAUUCUCCCACACCUCCUAAAACCCUGCCUACUUCCAGCCGAUCCCAACCCAAACCUCGUACGUCAUCAGUUCCUACACCUCCUAAAGCCUGGCCUAAUUCCAUCUUAUCACGACCUCGUCCUCGAGCACCAACAUUUCCUUCAGCGUCACCAUCUCCCGAACCCUCAACCUCGAAAUUCGAAGCAGAAGAGGUCGAAGAAGAGCCAGAAGUCCUGGAAGAAGAAGUAUUCGCUGAUGAACCCGAGCCACCAGAUAACCCGUCAGUCAUCGUGCUGAAGGACAACCCUAGACUGGAACAAGAAUCGGAUUCAGAAGAUGAAUUGAUCGACGAACCCCCUCUCCAAGACCCCUCAGAGAAAGAAGAAGAAAUUGCAGGAGUUGACGAAGCUGAAAAAACUCCGCAUGAUUCCUCUGAAGAGCUAGAGAAAUCAUUUUCGAUUCUAGAUAAAAUAAAUAAAUCGAAGUUUGAAAAUGCGGAAAACAGUGAAACGUCUACUGAUGUUAGUAAUGAAGAGGUGAAGAAACAGGCAGAAGAAUUGUAUCAGCAAUAUCUGCUAGACGUAAGUAGAUUAACCGACAAGUCUCAUAUUGGAAGCAACCACGACGAAGAGGUGGAUGCAGUCAUUGACCUUCGUAGCGAAGAUCCCACGAAACCAGGAGGCUCGACGAGAAAGUCGAUCAUCGCUCCAAUCCAACAAAAACGAGUAUCAUUUGCUCCAACCCCGAACCGGGGGGAUGAACCAAUGGCAAGAUCUAGUCCAAUGGUCAAUCAUCCAAAUCGAGUGUCCAGCCCAGAGAAAGCAAAAAGAAUACUGAGUUUCUUUACACCCAGGACGCCUCAAAGGAAUCACGACCCGGAUACCGAUGAUCCUCAAAGAAAUAAUCUCAUCGAAAUUCCUCAACCCAAUAUCCAAAUUCCUAAAACCCUCAGUAUCAAAUCCUCUGACUUGUAA